CAGCCCUGCUUUGGGGACAUCCUUGUUCUGGGGACAUCCCUGCUCUGGGGACAGCCCUGUUCUGGGGCUGGGCUUGUUCUGGGGACAGCCCUGUGCUGGGGACAUCCCUGUGCUGGGGACAGCCCUGCUCUGGGGACAUCUUCCAGAAUGAGGCUGCUCCUGGCGUGCAGGGCUCAGGCAGUUCAUCCCUGCUGGGAUGUGCUGUGUGGGUUGGCGUGCCAGAACUGCAGCAUUAAAUUCCUCAUCCUCUGGAGCUGAAGGCUCUGGAUGUGCCUCCAGGUGUCCCACUGUGAUGGCUUUGAGCAAACACUUAAUCCUGCAGGUUGUGCAGUGCCACAGGUGUCCCUGACUCUGGGGCCGUGCUGUUCCUCCUUGCUGGCAGUGCUGGGUGGGGGUAGUUCUGGACUCUUGUUCAGAAGCAAUCAUGGAAUUGCUUCUAGAAACUGGAACAGAGGAACUGGAGUUCAAGGAAAACCUGCACAGUGCAGGAAUGAAGGAGUGAUAAGUCUUUGACCCCUUUACAGUUCCAAACUAGUAAUGCUGCUCACUGUGCUGGUGUUUAGCUGCCUGUUCCUGGAUGUUGAGUCCUGCCUGACCCUGGCUUGACGAAAUCAGGAGAGUUUCCUGGUGGAAGGGGAGCUUUAGGCUCCAGGAGUUUCUCUGUCUCCCCUGACCUUUCUUUUGAGAUCCUCACCAUUGUGGUGACUGCUCUGCCUCUUGCUAACAGGGAGUAAAUCUUUUCUAGUCUUCCUCUUGGUUAUUCCAGUGCUCUGCCACUUCAGGGCACUGUUUUCCUUGGAAGCUGGGGAAGCUGCAGGUGCCAGGGCUGUCACCUGAGGCAAAGCUCUGAAUAGCUGCAGAGUGUGUUCCUGGGGUGCUGAGUGAUCAGAGGGGUUUAAAGGUUCUCCCUCUUGAAAAAGAGCCUGGGUGUAGUUUGGAAUCUUCCCUAGUGUGUAUAGCUGACCCUGGAAUCAAAUAUUACCCACACUGGUGUUGUGCUGCAGAAAACUGCUGCUGAGCAUUUGGUGCCCUUUUCACAUGAAUGGGCAGAGAGAUCAGAAAAAGGAGUUUUUCCCAGAACAGGGCAUUCUGCUUCUUGUGCAGUGUCCCCACAUUGAGGGCUGUGUGUUGCUCAGCAGAUGGGUUCAGAUGCUGUCCUCCCUCUCUUACCCUGUCCCAAGCGGCUUGUUGGGCACGAGUUGGACAGAAGAUUGCAGGCAGCUGUGCUGUUGUGGUGCAGGGCGGGCCCUUGGUGCCCCUGCUCUCAUGCUGAAUGCCUUUUCCCCUGGGCCAGGGGCAGCUGGUGCUGCUGUGGCUCAGCUGUGGCUCAGAGUGUCCCAGUGCCCCUGGCCAGGGUGGCACAGCCUCCUGGCACCUGUGCUGCUCCUGGCAUCUGAGUGGCCCCUGAGGGAAACCAGUGUGGAGAGCAGGGCUGCAGGAGACAGACAGAGGGGAUUUUGGGGAGUGGCUGCUCCAGUGUGCUCAUACCUGCUUUGUUAGCCGUGUGCUGUACCAAUAAAUGCUGGUUCUGAUGCCUCACGAAUGGGUCUGUGUCUUUCCUUGUGAGCAGUGAUGGAGGAGGGGGUGUUCUGUGUCUCUGUGCCCCAGGGCUGUCAUGGGUGUGUAAACAUGAACAGUUAACCGGGCAGUUUUCCCUGGGUGAGGUUCUGGCACUGCAGGGUGUGUUGGUUGGUGCCUUGCUGACCCUGGGUACCACCCAGCCUCCUCACCCUCCUUGUUCUUCCUGCAAUUCCUGCUGUUUUGGUUUUCUUGUGAUUUUCUCCUGUGCUCUUGCUAACGAGUCCAAUGACACUUCUAAGCUGCCCGUAGUUCUGUGAAGGUAAGAGAUCUUCUGUUUUGUCUGUGUGAGUCCUAAGGCAAACCCGGCCUGCUGGUGGCUCCUGGAGCUGGAGAAGGGCAGGACAGCCUCUCCCUGCACUGCCUGGUUGUGCCAAUGCAGAAACCAGCCAGGUCUUGGAGCUCUGAGCCUUGAGCUGAAGUCAGGCUAUGCAGUGGUUAAAAACCAGUUGUCUGGCAGUGGUUAAAAGGAAUAGCUGCUACUAAAACAGCUGCUACUUAGGAUUCACUGAAAGCUGUAAGCUGACCUUCAGUCUUUGAAAUGGGCCUGUUAUUUAGCAGGUUUUGGGGCAUCCCCACAAGCAAUUCCACAUAUCUGUGGCCAGGCCAAGCAGUAGAUGUGCUUGGAGAGCAGCAGUGCAGGAUGGAAGGACAGAACCUGUCUGUCUGCUGGAGCUUCCCUCGGGCAGCAGCGUUGGGAAGGGAAACUCUCUGUGCUGGUGGUGUUGGGGUGGGAGGGAGAGGAACCUGGUGGGAUGGUGCUGUGUGUGCCCAUGCGUGUGUCAGACAUCUCCCAUCCUCUCAGCAGUGGUACCCGUGUUGCCAACGCUUCCCUGGCAUUGUGUUUUCAUUGAUUUGCCCUCCCUCUCCUGCCCAUUCUCCAUGCAUGGUGGUGGUUUCCAUCUGAGCAGCGUGACAUUCCUGUGCAGUGUGCCUUGCUGUGGCUGCUGAGCUGGCUCAGUAACUCCCUUCUCUUGUGUUUGUAGGUGUGCAGAGGGAUCCGGGCCGGUUCCCACAGCUCUGCAAAGGAGAUCCCGGCACUGACGGACUCACCUUGUACAAGGGCCAGCCCGAGAUGCUGCAGGUGAAACAGCACAACUCAGAGUCAGAGUACCUGGCCAGAGAUGGUCCUUCAAGCAACAGCUCCUUCUACAGCAGCGAGGGAGAGGGGACAGACCACGAGGGAGACAUCCUGGACUGCAGCGGCUCCAGGCCUUUGCUGAUGGACUCAGAGGAGGAGGAGGAGGAGACGGGCAAGCCGUGCCCAGGGUUCCUGCAGCCCGUGCCCAGGCACGAGGCCUCCAAAGAGGAUGCCCAGCCCCAGGCCAGGGCAGGGGAGCCGCUGUUCCCGGCCUUCCAGUCGCUCAGCGGGGAGGUUUUCAACGAACCCGACGUGUUUGCCACGGCUCCGUUCCGCAGCUCCAGGAAGGUCCCCGAUGAGGUGGAUGUCUUUACCAAAGCUCCUUUUGUCUGUAAGGGCAGCGCAGCUCCGCGGCACCCGGAGGAGGCAGACGUGUUUCUGCGGGCCCCUUUCACCAAGAAGAAGAGCGCGGAAGAGCUGGCUGCCCACAAGGAGCCGUUCUC